AUGGAUAACCACAUUGAAAGAACGCGUCGUGCAAAGCUCAUUGGUAGGGAUUCUAAUGCAACAAUUAGCUAUCUACUUGAAAAAGCCGAUUUUGAUCCCAUGACCAUGGCAAGGUAUAGUGCUAAUGAUGAAAGUCGAUUGGCGAAUUUAUUUUGGGCAGAUGGCAUUUGUAGGGCCGAUUAUCAAUGCUUUGGAGAUGUGCUUGCAUUUGAUACAACCUAUCAGAAGAAUAAGUACAGAAGACCGUUGGUAAUCUUCUUGGGUUUUAACCAUUACCUCCAAACAUGCAUAUUUGGAUUUACCUUGAUAGAGGACAAACAAAUGGCAACAUAUACGUGGUUGUUGCAAAAUUUUCUAGAUGUUAUGCUGAACAAGUCUCCUAGUGUUGUGGUCACUGACGAUGAUGAGGCAAUGAAGGCAGCAAUUCAAGAAAUAUUCCCAAAUGUAACUCACCGAUUAUGUGGUUGGCAAAUUCAGAAAAAUGUAACGACAAACACUAAAAACAAAGAGAAAAAUGAAUGGGUACUAAAUGAAUAUCAAAAUAGGAAAAGUUGGGCAAGCGCCUACUUGCAAGAUAAAUUCUGUGCUGGAUUUAGAACAACAUCAAGGUGUGAAGGGAUAAACAACUUCAUCAAGAGGUUUAUUGGCAUUCUCCAAAGUCUUUUAGAGCUGGUCCAGAAUCUUGAACAUGCUCUUAGGGAUUAUAGACACAACGAAUUAGUUUCUCAAUUUAAAAAGGUGUACGGAGAACCUGUGUUAACAACUCGCUUAGCUGCAUUGGAGAUUUGUGCUGCAAAUUUUUACACCCGAGAAAUGUUUGGCAAAGUAAAACAGAGAUUGAAGGAGUGGUUGCAUUAG